GCGCGCGCCUUUAACCUUAUGUGCAUGUGGCUCGGGCUCGUAGCAGCCCCCCCACCCACACACGAGCGCACAGACAGACUCUAAAGAGUAGCUCACGAGCAGUUUCUUUCCAGUCACUCCCCUCCUUUGAACCCUGCCUGCUCGCGUUAAAAGUGUCGGCUGGCUGCUGCAGGGCGCUCACUGCACUGAUGGACCGCAGGAGGAUGGAUGCUGCUGACGGAGGCCGCGUGCUCCACCGGGGCAGGCGCGUUAGGAAGCUCGCGGUGGUCGUCGCCUUGCAGAACCUGCUGGUGGCUGCGUGCCUGCUGGUCACGCUUUACGUUUACCGGGACGUUUCCCAGGGAGUCAACCGGGACGUUUCCCAGGGAGUCAACCGGGGCGAUCAUGAUUCUGAAGAUAAUAUACACAUACAGUUUGUGCCUAUUGCAGACGUCCCAGGCAACAAGAAACUGAUGUUUCAUGAGAUUGAGAGCAGCAAUAAGAUGGGUCUGGUUGCUAAGAAGAACGACACAAUCGGCAUCAACUGCACUGGACCCUACAUUCUGUAUAUGGAGGUGUGUUAUAAGGGCAUGAACCAACCCAAGGAAGCCCAUGGGACACUGGAGCUGCGUGUGGAGGGGAGUAACACUUCUGUCAGCUCUGUCAACUUGACUGCUUCACAUGAAGUCUGCAGGGGGCUCCACAGUAUAGCCUACCUCAGGGCGAAUGAGAGAGCCAGUCUGCACUUGAACUGCACAGACGAUUUCAAGGUUAAGAAUGUGACUGUGGGCCUGAGCUAUCUGCUGGGGAGUCAGUGCAGAUACUGAUGAGGGCCAGUAAAUGCUUUCUGAAGAAAAAGACCAGAGCUGACUGGGAUGAGGAAGGGAGCUCAGCGCUUGUGCUCAUCUGCCGCUGUGAGAACAGACACACUAAGCAGGACUCACGUCAUGAUGGCAUGACUUGUGUUGACAGACUCUUUUUCUACUUUGUUUAUUACCUCGACCAAGGCAGGAGCCAUGCUUCUGGUAGUUUGACUGUCAGCAAGAAAUCUCAACAACUUGUGCAUGUUCCUGGGCAAGAGCAGAUCUUAUGAUUUUAAUGGUGGCGAUUCACAAUCCUCCUCAGGUGAUUAUUCAUUAUCAGUUGUAAAAAUCCGUCUGAUUGCAGAAGUCUAUUGUGUGUCUAGUUAUUUCUUGGAACUUUAAAAGCCAGAAUUAGUCUGAGUGAAACUGAACCACAUUUACCGUUUUAUAAGCACUUCCAUACAAAAAGAUAAACUUUUAUUGCAGUGAUAUUGGGACCCUAAAGUGGCUACACAGGGUUUUUGAGAGUUCUGCACUCCACAGAUGCCUUCUAGUUUUAAUAUAUAUAUAUAGCUAAUAUGUCAUAAUGUCCAGUACUUUAUUUCACUCUAACAGUACCAGGUUAUGUAGUACCUAAUGAAUGUAUUUGUUAUUGGUGCAUUUAUUCUCCUGUGAAGCUCCAAUCUGAGUCUCAUAAACUUUCUGUGUGCUGUGUCGCUACCAAAAAGUGUUUAACUAGCUUGGAUUACCAGCCUGGGGGAGUUUUUCACAACAGUGACAGUCUCACUGACAUGGUUACCCUCAAUUGCCUCGGGCUUUUCUUUCUGUGAGCAACAUGUUCAUAGAUGUCAUCUGUUUUAUCUUGGUCGACUAGAGCUGGUGUUCCCUCAAGAGUGACAGGCUUGAUGCUGCAAUCACAUUGGCACACAGACAGCUCAGGUUAAAAAGACCAGAAAGGAGGUUAAUGAAGUGGGGUUUUUACUUUGAUUGUAUCUCUUCCUAAUGUUGUAAUAUUUCUCCUUUUUGUGUUUUUAAUUAUGCCUAUAGUUAAAAAGCAAGAACCAAGUGUUGAUCAUUCCCCCUGUGAGGUUCUUUGUAUGUACUGUAUUAGUGAAGCUAUAAUAUUUUCAAUGAAAAGCCAUUUUGUAAUAAUGAUGAAUGAUGAUUUUUAAGUAUGCUGUGAGGCACAUUUUACUAUGUUCUUGUCACACCAUGAUAUAUACCAUCUGGUGCAAGCUUUAAACAAUGUCAUAUUCAGUGUUGAUUAUUGUUUAAAUUGGUUGGUUUGAUGGUUUUGAUUUCUUCUAUAUCAUCAAUGAAAUAUUUAAUACAUAUUGCGAGAUUGUGUGUUCAAAAAGAGGGGUUUUUGAUGAUUUUAAAUGUUGCAAAAUGAGCAGAAAUUUUCUCAUAAAAGAGCUGUGUCAUAUGAAUGUAAAAUAAAGAUGUGAUAUGGCACUGUAUAAUUCAUCCUGGGAAUAUACUGUGUGGCUAUACCUCGUGUAAGCUUUGGCACGGAUCACCUGUUGGAAUGAAACUUUAAUAAAAAAGAGUUUCCAUUUGGCAAUAA